CUGUCGCCCUCACUACCCCUGUCGCCCCCGUCCCCUGCUGUCGCUCCACUCCCCUUACCAACCCCAAGCUUCCUGCCGGCCCCACUGCCCCUGCCGGUCCCACUGCCCCUGCCUGCCCCACUGCCCCUGCCGGCCCCACUGCCCCUGCCGGGGGGGCCACACAACAGCCAGAGCAAGGCUACCAUCCCUGUGGACCCCUUGCUUGGCGUCAGGUUCGGCAAGCCCCAGUGCCAGGUCCGGCACCAGAUUCGGUGUAUGACUGGGCGUGGCUGCUCACAGCCAGGCAGCCGGCUCGGACGCACGAAGCGCAGCAGCAGGCUCGGCAGCAGAGGGGCCCAAGUGGGGGGGCAUGGGAUUGGGAGAUGUGGGGUGGGGAGGGUCGGCAGGGGAAUGGAGGAGAAGGGCGACAAGUGGAGGGAGAGGAAGUGGGGAAGGAAGGAGGAGCAGGUGUGGGAGAAAGAGGAGAAGCGAGGCUGCCUGGUGUGCUAUUGGAGGCAGUGGAAGGGGCUCGCCUGUCCAGGAGAGACUUUCAGAGGUGGGCAGGCACAUGGCGAGCUGUCAGCGCAGGCCCUGCCUGCGCUGUUGCCGCCCUGCAUGCUUCCUGUUUCCCUCACAUGCUCCCUUUCAGACCCUGCCCAUUCCUUUCCACCCUGAUUCACAGUGGUGGCAAGCACAGGGCGAGCUGUCAGCACAGGCAACCGGGCGCUUCUUACUCCCACUUCAUGCUCCUUCUCAGGUGGCAGGCGCAGGGCGAGCUGUCAGCGCAAGCAACGGGGUGCUUCCUGCGGCUGCGGCUGGGCAGGAAGGGCGAGCACAUGGGCGGCACAGGGUACUGCAUGGGACGAAUCACAGUUUUGGAGGAAAAGCGUGAGAAUGUGGCAUUACAAAACUGGAUGACUACCCUCCUGUCCUGCUCACCUCAAAAACGGUGCCACUCAUCCCAUCUUUUCACACCACGCAUCCAUCCCGUGCCCCUCUCUCUUGCUUCUUCCUCCUCUGCAGCUAUUUCCAGCAUGAGCAAGAAACCACCCACAGCAGGCGCAGGGGCAGGAGGAGAGGGGGAUGCUGCAGGGGCAGCCAAAGGAGGCCUGACAGGGCCAGCAGGGGCAGGCAAAGAAGACGUAGCAGGGGCAGCAGCACUGGAUGUGAGCUGUCGUCGUGUGUGGACUCUUUGCCUCUUGCUCUCGUGGUGGACCUGGGCGAUCGAGAGUACACAGUGGAUGGCCAAUUCCUCUCCAACAAGCCAUUUCUUGAGGUAA